UCUAACUUGCUCCGUCACCAGCAAAGCCACAGUGGGGGCAAGCCCUACAAGUGCCCUGACUGCGGGAAGGGUUUUGGGCACAGCUCGGCGCUGGUGACUCACCGUCGCAUCCAUACGGGUGAGAAGCCCUACCAGUGCACCGAUUGUGGCAAGAGCUUCAAUGUGGUGUCCAACCUGGUGCGUCACCGAUGGAGCCACACCAGGGAGAAGCCCUACAAGUGCCCCAACUGCGGCUGGUGUUGCAGUCAACGUUCCCACCUGGUGACCCACCGCCAGUUGCACACGAGUGAGUGCCCAUACCCAUACCAGGACUGCGAGAAAAGCUUCGAUGUCAGCUCCGAUCUCAUCAAGCAUCACUGCACCCACACCGGGGAGACCUACGAGUGUCCCAACUGUGGGAAGCGUUUCAGUGGCAGCUCCAACCUCAUCACCCACCAGCGGCUGCACAGCAGUGAGCAGCCCUACACCUGUGCCGACUGCGGCAAGGGCUUCACCAUCAGCUCCAAGCUCAUCACCAACCAACAGACGCAUAGCACCGAGCGACCUUACAGCUGUGCCGACUGCAGCAAGGGUUUCAGCGACCCACCCCACCUCAUCCGGCACCGCAAUGCCAGCCGUCCGGAGAAACACUACAAGUGCUCCGAAUGCGGCAAGGGCUUCACCACCAGCUCCUACCUCCUCACCCACCAACGCAGCCACACCGGGGAGACCCCCUUCCUCUGCAGUGUAUGCGGCAAGAUCUUCGCGGUGGUCUCCAGCCUGGUGCGGCAUCGACGUGUGUACACCGGGAAAAAGCCAUUUCAAUGCGGGGAGUGCGGGUGACAGUACAGCCAACGGGCUCACCUCACCACCCACCAGCGGGUCCACACCAGCGAGCAACCCUAUGUCUGCGGGGAUUGCGGGAAAGGCUUCAACGUCAACUCAUCCCUCACCAAGCACUGGCGGGUACACACUGGGGAGAGGCCCUACUGCUGCCCCGAGUGUGGGAAGAGCUUCAGCCAAAGCUCUAACGUCAUCACGCAUCGGCGGCUUCACCACAGCCAUGGGGUGCACAAGCUCUGUGCAUGA